AUGGAGAGCUCCGGCGAAUUGGUGGCGUUCCCGUUGUUGACGACGCCGAUCGAAACCAAUUAUCGGGCAUGCACCAUUCCUUAUAGAUUCCCCUCCGACAACCCUAAGAAGCCUACCCCUACUGAGCUUGCUUGGAUAAAUCUUUUCGGCAACUCCAUUCCUUCUUUCCGGAAACGGGCCGAGAGUGACGAUUCAGUUCCAGAUGCUCCUGCUAGGGCUGAAAAGUUCGCUCAAAGGUACUCUGAGAUAUUGGAGGAUUUGAAGAAAGAUCCUGAAAGUCAUGGUGGACCACCUGAUUGCGUUCUUCUCUGUCAGCUUCGUGAGCAGGUGCUCCGAGAACUUGGGUUCAGAGAUAUUUUUAAGAAAGUUAAGGAUGAAGAAAAUGCCAAGGCAAUAUCCUUGUUUCAGGAUGUUGUUAAUCUAAAUGAUGCCAUUGAGGACCCCAGCAAACGCGUGGAGAACUUAGUUAGAGGGAUAUUUGCUGGAAAUAUAUUUGAUCUUGGUUCUGCUCAGCUUGCUGAGUUGUUCUCAAAGGAUGGCAUGUCCUUUCUGGCUAGUUGUCAAAACCUAGUUCCUAGACCUUGGGUGAUUGAUGAUUUGGAAGCUUUUAUUUCAAAAUGGAACAAGAAAUCAUGGAAGAAGGCUGUAAUAUUUGUCGAUAAUUCCGGGGCUGAUAUUAUUCUAGGAAUACUCCCCUUCGCCAGGGAGCUACUGCGGCGUGGGACACAGGUCGUGUUGGCGGCCAAUGAAUUGCCGUCUAUAAAUGAUGUGACAUACCCAGAGCUGAUUGAGAUUAUAUCGAAGUUGAAGGAUGACAAUGGGAAGCUUGCCGGAGUGGAUACAUCAAAUCUGUUCAUUGCUAAUUCAGGGAAUGAUUUGCCGAUAAUAGAUCUCACAAGAAUAUCACAAGAGCUGGCCUAUCUUGCAAAUGAUGCCGACCUAGUUAUUUUGGAAGGAAUGGGCCGUGGAAUAGAAACUAACCUUUAUGCUCAAUUCAAAUGUGAUUCCCUCAAAAUUGGAAUGGUGAAGCACCCUGAAGUUGCUCAGUUUCUUGGUGGAAGGUUGUAUGACUGUGUAUUCAAGUACAACGAAGUUUUAGCUUAG